CCCUCUCUCUCCCUCUCUCUCUCUAUUAAAGGAGUGGACAGACUCAGCAUCAAUAUUAUCCACGGAAUGCAAAUUUAUCAUAGCUCAGCUUAGAUAUGAACGAUCCUCUUCACAACACAACAAUCCAGUUUUAGGAAAACUAAUCUCAAACUGGGUGAUAGAAUAACUGCCUUAACUGCUAUUAUUCCUCUAUAUAAAGUGAUUCUUUUGAUUCUCUCUCUCUCUUCGAGAAAUUUUCUCGGAAAAUUGCAAAAUGAAGAAGUUGGUGUCUAUGGCUUCUCGCACGGGUAGGCAAUUCCAGCGUUACAAUCAAGGCUGCCGCCAAGUUGUUGGAAGCAUUCCGUGCCGAUUAAGAAAAACCAAAAACCAAUCACCUUCCACUCAUGGAACCCUCAUUGAAGAAAUUGAAGUUCUUUUGAUCAGCUCACAGAAGAGUCCUAGAAUGAUGUUCCCAAAGGGUGGUUGGGAAAUUGAUGAAUCUAUGGAAGGGGCAGUAUCGCGGGAGACUCAAGAGGAAGCGGGUGUACUCGGCUAUGUUGGGUGUCGAUUGGGUACAUGGAGUUUCAAGAGCAAAAGUCAAGGCACAUUUCAUGAAGGACACAUGUUUGCUUUUUUCGUCACUGAUGAAUUAGAUGUUUGGCCUGAGAAAAAUGUCCGCCAACGGUUAUGGAUGACGGUCAAGGAAGCUAGAGAAGCAUGUGUCCAUUUGUGGAUGAAGGAAGCUUUAGAUGUGUUAGUUGAUCGACUGAUGCACCUGCAAAGAAAGGAUGAAGAAAUUCGAACGCCUUGUUUAUUGGAAUAUUUAACAGAAGAAGGGAGAACUGGCAUUGUAUCUCAAACUGGAGAAGACGAAGGCGCCUGUUUUACCAUCUUGGAUUGCCAGUUUCAAGCAACCACCACAAGGAGUUGCUUGUAAACAGAGUGCAUUCAAAAUUUGAAGCAGAGUUAGAGAAAUGUACAAAAAUUACCUUGAUUCUUUACUUCAUUGAAGUUUAUUUUACUUUUCUCUCAAGUAUGUCUUAUUUGCGUUGGAUUUUGUUUGAUCAUCGGAAGAGCUUCUAAAAGUACACCAAGCUUGAAUAAUGUGAUGCUGGUUUUGCUCCUUCACUUAUAAAACGAAACUGCCUCAUAAUUGAAUUGGCGUUGGGAGAAAAAUUUUGUUUCUACUUCUUUGUGAUGCACUGCAUAAUAAGUUAAUCAUCCGAGUUGGCUUUUCUGAGGUUAAAAGCAGAUGAUUUGGUAUCCUGUAUGACUCUUGCCAUAAAGAACAAUGGCAUAUGUGAUUGAAGGAUCCACGAGCUUUCACUACAGUUUUUGCUGACCAAAAUUUCUGGGAGCCCUUAGUGAGGAAGAAACAAAGAGAGAGCGAUCCCGGAGAGGUCUUGAGAUUUUUUUUUUUGUAAAAUAUUCUUGUAUUUAUUUCCAGAGAGAAGUAAAGAAUUC